UUCUGUUCAUCCAUUUUGUUUUGGAUUCCCUUUUCAUCCAUGGAUGCAUGUGUUCCUUGGCAUUUGCUGCAAUGCAAUGCAAUGGCUCCCCCUCUUUUGAUCUCCCUAACUAUAUACUACCUCGUUGUUGAUGGCCUCUUCUUUACGUGAAAAGCAUUGGUGAAAUGAGGUGGAAAUGGGGGGCGGCUUUUCGUCGUGAUCGUCGCGUUGCGAAAGGGGAAUUAAUGCAAAGAUGAAUCAAAGGCUGAGGCGUUCUUGCAUUAUUGCGUAUAGACCGUAGCAAUAAUCUUUUGGAGAUGCCUAGUUCCCAAGUCUUUGAUCGCGUGAUCUGCUAGCCAUUGUUGCUGCAUCAUCGUGACACGCCUCCAGUUCUGAUGGACGCAAAGAACCAACAAUCCGGCGACGGGCAGCAGCGACCGGCGCAGCAGGCUGCGGGGAUGGACCCGGCGAAGGCGGCGGCGCAGGCGGCGACGCGGCGGAAGAAGAUGACGAAGCAGCUGACGGGGAAGCGGGACGACACGGCGCUGCAUGGGGCGGCGCGCGCCGGGCAGCUCGUCGCCGUGCAGCAGACGCUGUCCGGCGCGCCGCCGGACGAGCUGCGGGCGCUCCUGUCGAAGCAGAAUCAGGCCGGCGAGACGCCGCUGUUCGUCGCCGCCGAGUACGGGUACGUGGCCCUGGUGGCCGAGAUGAUCAAGUACCACGACGUCGCCACCGCCUGCAUCAAGGCCCGGAGCGGCUACGACGCCCUCCACAUUGCCGCCAAGCAAGGGGAUGUAGAGGUGGUGAACGAGCUGCUGAAAGCGCUGCCGGAGCUGUCGAUGACGGUGGACGCGUCGAACACGACGGCGCUGAACACGGCGGCGACGCAGGGGCACAUGGAGGUGGUGCGGCUGCUGCUGGAGGCGGACGCGAGCCUGGCGGUGAUCGCCCGGAGCAACGGCAAGACGGCGCUGCACUCGGCGGCGAGGAACGGGCACGUGGAGGUGGUGCGCGCGCUGAUGGAGGCGGAGCCCAGCAUCGCGGCGCGGGUGGACAAGAAGGGGCAGACGGCGCUGCACAUGGCCGCCAAGGGCACCCGCCUCGACAUCGUCGACGCGCUCCUCGCCGGCGAGCCGACGCUGCUCAACCUGGCGGACAGCAAGGGCAACACCGCGCUGCACAUCGCCGCCCGCAAGGCGCGCACCCCGAUCGUCAAGCGGCUGCUCGAGCUCCCCGACACCGACCUGAAGGCGAUCAACCGGUCCCGCGAGACGGCGUUCGACACGGCGGAGAAGAUGGGCAACACCGAGUCGGUGGCCGUGCUGGCGGAGCACGGAGUCCCGUCGGCGCGCGCCAUGAGCCCGACGGGCGGCGGCGGCGGCAACCCCGGGCGCGAGCUGAAGCAGCAGGUGAGUGACAUCAAGCACGAAGUGCACUCCCAGCUGGAGCAGACGCGGCAGACGCGCGUGCGGAUGCAGGGCAUCGCGAAGCAGAUCAACAAGCUCCACGACGAGGGCCUCAACAACGCCAUCAACUCAACGACGGUGGUGGCGGUGCUGAUCGCGACGGUGGCGUUCGCGGCGAUAUUCACGGUGCCAGGCGAGUACGUGGACGACGCGGGCAGCCUGACCCCGGGUCAGGCGCUGGGCGAGGCCAACAUCUCCCACCAGACGGCGUUCCUCAUCUUCUUCGUGUUCGACUCGGUGGCGCUCUUCAUCUCGCUGGCGGUGGUGGUGGUGCAGACGUCGGUGGUGGUGAUCGAGCGGAAGGCGAAGAAGCAGAUGAUGGCGGUGAUCAACAAGCUGAUGUGGGUGGCGUGCGUGCUGGUGAGCGUGGCGUUCCUGGCGCUGUCGUUCGUGGUGGUGGGAAAAGCCGAGCGGUGGCUGGCCGUCGGGGUGACCAUCAUGGGGGCAACCAUCCUGGUGACCACCAUCGGCACCAUGCUCUACUGGGUGAUCGCGCACCGGAUCGAGGCCAAGCGCAUGCGGAGCAUCAAGCGAUCCUCGCUCAGCCGCUCGCGAUCCUUCUCGGCGUCCGGCAUGUCCGAGGCCGAGUGGGUCGAGGAGGAGUUCAAGCGGAUGUACGCCAUCUGAUCAUCAAGAUGGAUCGUCCAAUCCGCAUCAUCUCAUCUCACACGUCGCGCGAAAACAAACGGAUCCAUAUGUCCGUGUGGCGUAUCUGAGCAAAGGAGACUCAUCACGUACGUACGUAGGUUUUGCUUGCUGCGUACAGGCGUAGACAAGGAACGAUACGUGCCACGCUGAGCGGAUUUUUUUUUUUUGCUAUUAUUCCUAUUCUGUAGCAAACUCACAGGAUAAACAGGAAUAGAUGAGCAGACACGGAUAGCAAUCGUGCAGGCUAAGCUAGCAGUGAGACUGAGAGGACUAUUACUAGAGCUGUGUGUGCACAUGGUGUCCGACAACAGUUAUCCGUGUCGUUCUAAUCCGGAUUUUAAAUUUUAAACAUAUUUUAUUGAUUUUGAA